CCGGGCACCCGGCGAGGGGCGGGGGCAGCUCCGAACCGGCCCCGGAUCCUUCCCGCUCUCGCCUCACGCUUCCCAGAAAGCUUGUCCCUCUCCGCCGAGCUGCUCCGGGAGCCCCGCUGCGCCGAGGGAGGCCCCAGGGACCCUCUACCCUCAAACACAGGGUAUCUCCCAGAGCCCCAGCUGGUGUGGCCAGGCCCCAGGAGUAGGAUGGGGCUCCCCCUACGAGGGCCGGUGGCAGCCAGAACUGAUACAUCCCACCUGGUCUGGGGCCAGGACGCCAGGGCAGGAGUGUCUGGAGCCAUGGCUGGUGCCUCGGUGAAAGUGGCAGUGAGAGAUCGGCCCUUGAACGCCCGCGAGACCAGCCAGGAUGCCAAGUGUGUGGUCAGCAUGCAGGGCAACACCACCUCCAUCAUCAACCCUGAACAGAGCAAGGAUUCCCCCAAAAGCUUCACCUUUGACUACUCCUACUGGUCACACACUUCGGCAGAGGACCCCCAGUUUGCAUCUCAGCAGCAAGUGUGUCGGGACAUUGGAGAAGAGAUGCUGCUCCACGCCUCUGAAGGCUACGACGUGUGCGACUUUGCCUACGGGCAGACCGGGGCUGGGAAAUCCUAUACCACGAUGGGGCGGCAGGAGCCAGGGCAGCAGGGCAUCGUGCCCCAGCUCUGUGAGGACCUCUUCCCUCGCGUUAGUGAGAACCAGAGUGCUCAGCUAUCCUACUCUGUGGCGGUGAGCUAUAUGGAGAUCUGUUGUGAGCGGGUACGAGACCUCUUGAACCUCAAGAGUCGGGGUUCUCUGCAGGCCUGGGAGCACCCCAUCCUGGGCCCCUACGUGCAGGACCUGUCCAGAUUGGCUGUGACCUCCUACGCAGACAUUGCUGACCUCAUGGACUGUGGAAAUAAAGCACGGACUGUGGCUGCCACCAACAUGAAUGAGACCAGCAGCCGUUCCCAUGCCGUCUUUACCACCGUCUUCACACAGCACUGCCAUGACCAGCCCAUGGGGCUAGACUCGGAGAAGGUCAGUCAGAUCAGUUUGGUGGACCUUGCUGGGAGUGAGCGAGCCGACUCCUCGGGCCGGGGCAUGCGCCUGAAGGAGGGAGCCAACAUCAAUAAGUCCCUGACUACACUAGGGAAGGUGAUCUCGGCCCUUGCAGAUAUGCAAUCAAAGAAGCGGAAGUCGGAUUUUAUCCCCUACAGGGACUCUGUGCUCACCUGGCUGCUCAAGGAAAAUUUGGGUGGGAACUCACAGCAAUGAUGGCAGCCCUGAGCCCUGCUGACAUCGAUUACGAGGAGACUCUCAGCACCCUCAGGCCUGAAGACAGAAGAAGGGAGUGUCAGAGGCGCCCUGCCAGCUGUGUCAUCUCCCCUGGCUCCAGUUUCACCCUCAUCACCCACCACACAUCAUGGGGAGCUGGAGCCGUCAUUCUCCCCCAACACGGAGCCCCAG